UUAGUUCAGAUGGUGCUGGCGGGUACCUUCAGUUCACUGUCCUGACUUAGUUUCAGCGCCGUUGCGGGUACCUUUAGUUCACUGUCCUAACUUAGUUUCAGCGCUGUUCCACAUAUAUUAUAGGCUCCACUCACAAGUGAGUUUCAGCUAUAAAUGUAAAAUAAAACAAAAAUAAAAAAGAAUAAACAAUACCUUAAAGAAAAAAUUAGAUAGAUAAUUAGGCCCUAAGCGGUCGUUUAUACUGCUUCUGAAGCGGGCCGUGCCUAUUCAGUUCUUGUGCGCGCCUUGCUCACUCUAAACAGUUUUUGAGCUCAUAUUACUUUUGUUUAUGUCUCCUCUCUAUUGCUUAUUACUUUAGAUGCUGAGAAUAAAUUAGCAAACUGCUGUAUGUUUCGUAAAUUCUCGCUUUCUAUAGUAAACCCUUUUGCAAAAAGAAAAAAAAAUUAUCACUUGUUUUGUAACAUCUCUGAAAUAUGAAAAUGUAACAAAACUAAGAGCAUGCAAGUUUUGUCGGUUGUGGAGUUGUACGAGCACAGGAAAAAAAACUAGUGGUACAGGGAAAAUAAGAAAGUGAAUCAGAUAGAUUAAUUCAAACUCUAACCCGAGAAUCCGAGAAUCCAAUAACUAAAAAAGAAAAGCACAAGUCAAACCUAAAAGUAUGGAAUGGCUCACACGUUAAUUAUUGUUUUUAUAACACCAUUAAUUAUGUUCAGAAAGGAAGAUGCCAUUGUGUUCGUGUCGGAAACAUACAUAAAACGAUGUCGUUUCUUUAACUCAAUAGACUUUCGUCUCGAAGCUUGCGCUUUCAAUAUUAUGAUUUUUUUUGGGGUUCCCCUAAAGUUUCUUAUGUGCAAGUCCGAACAUCUAAAAGCUCCACAAACAACGUCUCUCUCGUGCAUCUCUUAAUCAUUAUUUUUUAAAUCAAUUUUUUUCUGAGACUGCUCUUCGUUUUUCCUUUUAAUUUUCUUUCUUUAUUAAUGUAAUGGACUGAUCAGAGAAAAGCCACUUUAUGUUUUUUUUUUUUCAUUAUUCUGUUUAUUUUUAAUUUAGCUGGACGGUGUGUCUGAAUAAUUCAAUGCCUUUCUCUUCUUCUCCUUUCUAAAUCUCUCUCCUCUCCUCUGAACCGAAGAAGCUAUGGGCGACGAACACUCUCUCAUCCCAAAGUUACAGGAUAGUUUCGUUUUCAAGCUCCCUAAAAAAUCCCCACUUGUGUUGAGAAUGGUUGUUCUCAUGUUUGUGAUGGUCUGCGCUGUCUACAUUUGCUCAAUCUGUCUUAAACAAAUCGGUGUCGUCCCGAGCGCUGGUUUCUUGAACGUCGAAGUGUUUGAGAAGCCUUGUCCUGAGCCUAACAUCGAACCAUGGGACAUACCAUAUGUACAUUACCCCAAACCCAAGACAUACAAACGGGAGGAAUGUUCGUGCAAUCCAGUUAGGUAUUUUGCGAUUCUAUCAAUGCAGAGAUCUGGUAGCGGCUGGUUUGAGACUUUGCUAAAUAAUCAUACUAACAUAAGCUCCAACGGAGAGAUCUUCUCGGUUAAAGAUAGGAGGGCUAAUGUCUCCACCAUUUUCGAGACCUUGGACAAAGUAUAUAAUCUAGAUUGGUUGAGUAGUGCUUCUAAGAAUGAGUGCACUUCUGCCGUUGGUUUGAAGUGGAUGCUUAAUCAGGGUCUAAUGAAACACCAUGAAGAGAUAGUAGAAUACUUCAAAACUAGAGGCGUCUCUGCUAUAUUCCUCUUUAGAAGAAACCUCUUGCGCCGGAUGAUUUCAGUUCUUGCAAACUCUUACGAUAAAGAUGCUAAGCUAUUGAACGGUACUCACAAGUCCCACGUCCAUUCCCCUAAAGAGGCUGAGAUACUGGCGCGGUAUAAGCCGUUAAUCAACACAACCCUUUUGAUAGCUGAUCUGAAGCAAGUUCAAGAGAUGACUACAAAAGCACUUUCUUACUUCAAUACCACUCGCCAUAUCUUCCUCUAUUACGAAGACGUUGUCAAGAACCGCACCAGACUAGAUGAUGUGCAAGAGUUUCUAAAGGUUCCAAAACUUAAUUUAAAGAGCCGGCAAGUGAAGAUUCAUCACGGUCCUUUGUCACAGCACGUGCAGAACUGGGAAGAGGUUCAAAAGACACUGAACGGGACUGGUUUUGAGAACUUUAUUCUUGAAGAUUACCGCAAGUGAAUUAAACACAGUAGGAGAGAGUGAUGUACAUAAACCUCUCUCAGGAUAAUGGUCAGACCAUCCAUCAACUUGUAGGAAAAUUUUUGCUAGUGCCACAAGCAGGUUUUGGCAAAUCUUUUUAUCUUUUAGUUUUCUCUUCUAAUCAAGGUGGUAGAUUUUAAUUUGAUUCAUUCUUUAUCAGGGAGCUAAGAUUUAUAUUGUAAUCAGAAACGACGAUCUGGUUCAUCCUCUUAAUUUGCUUCUAAUGAUUAGAUCAGUUUGUCACCAAAUAUGGUUUGUUAUGUAAACUUGAGGCAAACGGGAUCAAAAGCUCUUUCUUCUCUCUGUUGUUUCAUUCAGUCCUAUUCUUCUUAUGCUUGGAA